CUCAACGUUCUUUUGGAACCAACAGAGUGUUUAUUAUAAGUAGCAUGGGGCCUUCCAGUCGUCAUUCAGACAUCCCCCGAAGUCGCCAGCGAUGACUCGCAUCCUGCUCUGCAUCCUGCUGUUUGUGUCCGCAACGAAUUGUCAAACAUGGUGUGGCAAAAAUUACAUGUCUACUGAGCCAGUCACGGAUCCUGGAGGACGAUUUCCGAUCCCAACGAUUUCCGAGUCGCCUCUGCUAGCGCUGAGAUGCGGGCCUGCUAUCCGCCCUUAUCUGCCAGAAGAUGCGAAGAGCACAAACACGGGGUCGCCGGCAACGAUCCUCGUUGACACGCCUGUGACUUUUUCGCACGUCUCGAAUGCGGUGCCCAUCUCUCUCGAGUCCGGCGCGCACACUGUCCAAGUCUCCGUGUCGAUCAACGGCAAGAAUAUUGCGAGCGGAACGGUACCACUCAAUGCGACGAAACAUGCGCUCCCGUUCUCGCUGUCCGCACUAAAGCCCCAGAGUGCAGCGUACACGAUCACGUGCUCUGCGACGUAUUCCACACGGGCGCCGAAGGAGACUCAGAGAUACUCCGCGACGGGCCUUCUGACGUAUCUGCCUGAUCCUCCGCCCGAGAUUGGCUCUGUCACCAAAUUCGACGCGCGGACGGGCGGGUUGUUGGCUCGACCAAUCAAUGGACCCAAAAACGCGCCCUUCGAGCCGGUGUUCCCGAUUGGGUUCUACACGGGAUUCGGAAACUAUCUGCAAAACAACUUCACUACGGCACUGCCUCAGUUAAAGACACAGGGAUUCACUGUGGUGCACCCCAUUCCGUCGUUCGACAAUAUCACGUUGCUCGAGCAAGUCCUCGAUCGGAUGGAAGCGGAAGGACUGUACCUGAUGUAUGACAUGCGCCUGACAUACAUGAACGACACAUCGGUUACGGAACAAGUCAAUCUCAUCAAAUCGCGCAAGGGGCUUCUUUUGUGGUACACCGGAGACGAGCCAGACGGGACAUCAGAUCCGCUGACUGCCACCACGCAUGCCGCGAACCUCAUCAGGUCGCUCGAUGGCGGAGACGGCCUUGGCGGCGCUGGGUACCAUCCUGUCUCCCUCGUGCUCAACUGCGAGAACUACUUCUUCACCGAAUACACGAGUGGAGCCGAUGUCGUGCUGCAAGACACGUACACCAUCGGAAACAAUCUCUCGUUCUCGACUGUGUGGGGAACUCCGUGCACGGAUGAUUACGGCGAUUGCGGUUGCGACAAUUGCCACACUGGGUUCCCAGACAUCGCCACCCGGAUGGAUGUGUUCAAGCAGCGCAUCUUCAGUAAUGGCUGGGAGUUGAGCAAGUCCGUAUGGACUGUACCGCAGGGCUUUGGCAACGAAACAUACUGGCCUCGGUAUCCCAGCGGAAAAGAAUGGAUUGUUGAAAGUGUAUUGGGAAUCAACCACGGCGGACUUGGUGUCGUGUCUUGGGAUGAUCCAACGACUCCAGACGUCAAGAGCUCCGCGUCUUCCUUGGCGUUAGCUCUCUCGGCGAGUAUGAAAUCGUUCAUCAUGAGCGCGAGCGCGACUAUUACGCAACGGACGUUCUCCACCGGGCUGGAUGUCGCUCUCUGGACAGUGGGCCGUCAGACGCUCGUGCUGGCGACGAACAUCAACUACCGCGAGGUCUCUCUCCCGCUUUCCGAACUCAAUCUCGCGGGCACGGUGAAACAGGUAUUUGACAGCGGAGCAUUUGUGCGUUCGGGAGCGUUGCAUCUCUCGUCGGUCGGCUCGGGCGGGUUUAUCAUCACACAUUAGCACCAGAGGAUAACAGAUUGUGAACACUUCGAUUGCAAUUCAUGACACGAACGAUUCUAGGUACCAGACAUUCUACUUGCCCAACCCAGCGCGAAUGGCGUUGUG